UCGCCGAUUUCGCGGGUCUUCCUCCUUGACUCCAUCCCCAAGACCACCUCCGCGUUCACGAGGCUUCCUCUUUCCGGUUCCGAGGCGUCUGCUCCGCCUCCGCCGCCGAUCCACUCCACCUCAGCCGCCACCUCGCGGCUUUGACGCCCUGUCGCCGAGAGAGAUCCCAACGAAGCCGGAGGCUAGAAGCACUCUUCUCCCUUCGAUGGUAGCCGCGAAAUUCUUCGCCGGCUUCCUCUUCUUUCUCCUUCUCUCACCCCACGAUCUCUUCUGCAACGCUGUUUCCGCAGGGAUCUUCGUAUCGACUUCCGGUAUUCCAUUUGGUCGGAGUUCUCGUGAGCCAAAAUACAAGGCUGAGUUUCAUACAGCAGAGUCCCCUUUUCAUCCUGAGAAUGACCAGGUGUCGUUGAUGAUGUCCAAUAAGGAGGGGCAAAGUUACAUGUGUUUCUUGCCUUUUGUUGAGGAAACCAAAACAGGGAGGUCCAUUGCCCCAAUGAAUUCAAGCAAUAUCAUUUUAGAAAGUGACCAGUGGGUCAAGUUGAAGACACCAGAUGAGUUAAUUGAUGUUCUAAAAGACAAGUGCUUGUACAGACAUGAAGGUUGGUGGUCUUAUGAAAUCUGUUACCAGAAACAUUUGCGACAGCUUCAUGUGGAAGAUGAUAAAGCUGUUCAAGAAUUUGUUUUGGGUGUCUUUGACCCUGAGGCAACAGCUGCUUUUAACCAGAACCGUUCUGGUGUUUCCAUGUUUAAAGAUCCUCGUUCCAAAGAUGCUGCUCAAAGGUAUCUUGCUCAUCAAUAUACAAAUGGAACCAUUUGUGACCUUACAAAUCAACCUCGAGAAACUGAGGUUAGGUUUGUAUGCUCGGAGCCUGCGGCAGUGAUCAGUUCAAUCAAAGAGAUCUCUACUUGCAAGUAUGUUGUCACUGUUCAAUGCCCAACGCUUUGCAAGCACCCGAUAUUUCAACAAGAAAGGCCAACAUGGCACACCAUCCACUGCAAUGAGAUGCCAGAGACAUCAAACUCAUCGGUAGAGGACAGCCUGAAAGGCACACAGAUUACCAUAAUCACUGAUGAAACUGGACGGCGCGCAACUUGAGUUUAGAUUCCCCCAACCCCAUAGGUGAAGACAUUGAGGAGAUGGACUACAGAGAUUUUCAAUGGGUUAAAAAAUAGUAGAUUUCUGACAACUGUUUUUGACCUCUAUCUAAUUUGGAGCUUCAUCGACAUAUUGUAUGAUAUUGGUUAUACGAAAUUGUCUAUCGAUGGAUCUCCACUGACUGUUGUUCAAUUUCCUUUUCUGCUGUGUGGACUGGGAGAUUAGAAAAUGAAAACUGCCGAUUAAAUCUGGCCAACUAAGGGAUGAUCCUUGUCAAUUCACAUCCAACUGUUUGUUCUCUUUCCUACUCAAUCAAAGUGUUGAAGUUAA